CCACCCUCACAUGGUCCUUCAUUCUCAAAGACGGACACAUCACUCUCUUCUCUUCAUCAUCUCUUAAAGCAUCAUCGAAUGCAGAUGUCCCGACUGAGAUGGACCCGGCUUUCAUGGCAGGAGGAUCUGGCAGCCAGAUAGGCGUCUUAGUGCCGUCGGUGAAAUUGGAACCGAAAGUUUCCGGAGAUUCGCCUCCGCCGCCGGUGCAGGGGCAAAAGACGUCCCCGGUGAAGGCGGAGCUGGAUAAGGACGUGCAGUGCCCGAUAUGCAUGCAAGUCGUGAAGGACGCGUUUCUGACCCCCUGCGGACACAACUUCUGCUAUAUGUGCAUCGUCACUCAUCUUAAGAACAAAAACGACUGCCCUUGUUGCUCCCAGUACCUCACUACAAAGCAGCUCUAUCCUAAUUUUCUUCUCAAUAAAUUAUUGAUGAAGACUACUACUCACCAGAUUUCCAAAACAGCAUUACCUGUGGAACAGUUUUGCCGGGCUAUACAAGAGACAGGGAUGCAAGAUGUCAGCUAAGGAGCUUGAUAGUCUCUUAUGCCUUCUUUCUGAGAAGAAAAAGAAAGCAGAACUAGAAGAAACUGAGGCAAACUUGCAGCUUUUGUUCAACUUUUUGCAGUGCUUAAGGAAGCAAAAACUUGAUGAGCUUCAUGAGAUUCGAGAUGACCUUGAAUACAUCAAAGAAGACAUAAGGUCUGUGGAGAAAUAUAGACUAGAUUUGUAUCGGGCAAGGGAUAGAUGCUUAGCCAAAACAAGAAUACUUUGGGGGGAGUCUUCAGCAAAAUCCCUUUCAUUGCGUGGUCAACAAAGUCUUGGCACGAUUUCCAAUGUUCCUAAUGCACAAGGAGAGUCCCUUGCAGUCUCCAAUAGCCUUCAAUCCCGGAUAACUAAAGCUCCUCUCAAUUAUCAACAAAUCCAAAUGGAGGAUGGACUCAAUGGGUCAGUUCCAGAGCAUGCUGUAGCAAAGAGGAGGCAAGUCCAUGCACAGUUCAAUGAUCUACAAGACUGCUAUUUGCAAAAACGGAGACGCGGGGCCAGAAAAUCUCAAAAACAGGAAGAGAAUGUGGUGAUCGAUGGGUCAAAAGAGGGAUAUAAUACAGGACUUGAUGAAUUUCGACAUGUUUUGACGACUUUUACACGAUACUGCCGAUUGCAAGUUGUUGCUGAGUUUAGGCAUGCAGAUCUUUUCCACACUGGCAACAUUGUUUCAAGUAUAGAGUUUGAUCGAGAUGAUGAACUAUUUGCUAUAGCUGGAGUAUCAAGGCGCAUCAAGGUCUUUGAAUUUGCAUCUGUUGUAAAUGAACCGGCAGAUGUGCAGUGUCCUGUUGUGGAAAUGACCACCCGCUCCAAACUGAGUUGUUUAAGCUGGAACAAGCACAAAAAGAAUUACAUAGCAAGCAGUGACUAUGAGGGCAUAGUUACUGUUUGGGAUGUGACUACUCAUCAGAGUGUCAUGGAGUGUGAGGAGCAUGAAAAACGAGCAUGGAGCGUUGAUUUUUCUUGUACUGAACCUUCUAUGCUGGUUUCUGGAAGUGAUGAUUGCAAGGUGAAAGUAUGGUGCAUGAGGCAGGAAGCCAGUGUUCUAAGCAUUGACAUGAAAGCGAACAUAUGUUCUGUGAAGUUCAAUCCAGGAUCAAAUUUUCAUGUGGCAGUGGGCUCUGCUGAUCACCACGUUCAUUAUUAUGACUUGAGAAAUAUUAGGCAACCCUUGCAUGUAUUCAGUGGGCACAGGAAAGCUGUUUCGUACGUAAAGUUCAUGUCCAGCAAUGAACUUGCAUCUGCAUCAACUGAUAGCACAAUGCGUUUGUGGGAUGUCAAGGACAACAUUCCACUGCGCACUUAUAGAGGGCAUACAAAUGAGAGGAAUUUUGUGGGUCUUACAGUAAAUAGCGAAUACAUAGCAUGUGGUAGUGAAAGAAAUGAAGUUUUUGUUUAUCACAAGGCGAUAUCUAAACCUGCGGCUUGGUACAGUUUUGGUUCGGAUAGGAAUGAGUCUGAUGGAGAAAGGGGAGCGUGCUUCAUCAGUGCCGUUUGCUGGAAAAGCGACAGCUCCGCUAUCCUAAGUGCAAACAGUCUUGGGACUAUAAAAGUUCUUUCACUUGCUGCUUAGAAUGACCAAUUAAAACAUUUAAAUGGAUUAUAAGGAAUCAAACACAGUAUAUAAUGAGCAAUUACUUCGGUUUACGUAGAAUAUGUAGUUUGUUAGUGCCCGUUUGGUGAUCUAUUAUUUGAUUUAUAUUUUGAUCAGGUUUUAUACCAUGUACUAAUUUAUGGAUUAUAUUGGCUAAACUAGAACAUAAUUGUAACUGACUUUUUUUCUCAAACGAAUGCAAAAGAAAUACGAGUAUUCAUUAGAUUAUACAAGGUUCAACCAUUGCGAAACAUUUCAGAAUUCCAAU